GGUGAUCUGUCAUCGACGGAGCCCGGCAGGUGGGCGUGAUGCGGUGGUUGCUCGUGGUCCGUAGUGGCCGUGCCUGUGUCUCGUGCGAGGGCCGUCGUGACUUCCUCAACAUGCUGCUGGAGCUGAUGCUGCUUUCCCUGGAGCGGGGCGUCAAAUCCGUGGCCGUUCUCGCUGCGCUGGGUUACUUCACUCAGAAAGGUGAUGGCGAGGCGGAGAAGAUCUUCGUGCGCGUCGGGGCCAACGUGACGUUCCGCUGCCCGGACCUACCCCAGUCGGGUCAGCAGCCGCGCCACUUGACCUGGUGGAAAGAGGACCGGCGUCUGAUCGAGGCGACCCGCGAGCGUGUCACCGUGGCGCCCGAGGCCGGAGCCCGGGUCGCCCUGAUGCCCGGAUCCAGUGCCCUGCUCUUCCGCUCGGUCGUGGCCGAGGACAGCGGAGAGUACCAGUGCGUGGUCAACAACCGACAGGGCAGGCGGGGCAUCGUCCGACUCUACGUGCAGGAUGUGCCCGACCCACCAGGAAUCCCCAUCGUGGUGGGCUUCACCUCACGUUCCGUCAACCUCUCUUGGACUUCGAGCGUCAACACGCACAACAGUCCCAUACUGCACUACAUCAUACACAUCAGAAUCGGAGAGAAAGGCGACUGGGACACGCGGAACAAGGUGAUGACGUCGGACAACAGCACCAACUUCCAGGUGAUCGGCCUGAAGCCGUUCACGGUGUACUCCUUCCGAGUGCUGGCCGUCAACGCCAUCGGCGCCAGCAAACCCAGCAAGGAGUCCUUCUACAUGGUCACGCUACGUGAAGUGCCGGAGGGAAAGCCGACCAUCGUGCACGCGCAAAACACGAGCAGCUCCACCAUCCGUAUACAGUGGACGGCUCCCCCGAGGCACACCAUACACGGCGAAUUCGAGGGCUACCGCAUCACCUAUCGGCCCAGGGACAAGCCGCAGGAGGAGAGCCGGGAGAUCGUCGUACGAGACAGCAAACAGACGCAAUACACCAUCCGGAACUUGGAUACUUUCACUCAGUACCUGGUGUCUCUGCAAGUGUUCAACCCUGCCGGACGAGGACCGGCUGUGGUCGUGCCGGUCAUGACCGACGAGGGAGUGCCGAGCCCACCUGUGAACGUGACGGCGAUGGGCGUGACGGACAACACGGUGCGGCUGAAGUGGCGGGAACCCGAGAAGCCCAACGGGGUUCUUCAGGGAUACUACGUCUACUUUCAGCCGUCGCGCAACGGCUCGGCGCAGCAGCAGCGCCGCACAGUCUCCCACCCGCAGCCCAUUCAGGAAUAUGCGCUCACCAAUCUCCGGCCAUUCUCGUACUACGACAUCUGGGUGAAGGCCUUCACGCAGAAACAUCUCGGGGAAUCUAGCAACCUGCUCAAGAUACAGACAGACGUCCAGGGCCCCAGUGCGCCAAUCAUAGUGAACCUGACCUGCCAGUCAUUGGACAGUCUCUUCCUGCAAUGGGAGCGGCCGCAGACCUACUACAACAAAGUGGACUACUACUUUGUGCACUACCGCUCGGAGGAGGCCUGGGGCUUUGAGGAGAUCGCCAUGGCUGCCACCGACCGGCUAGACCACGUCAUGUUCAUACCAAACCUGACGGCCAACACGCUGUACGAGGUGAAGGUGCAGGGGGCGACGCGGAGUAUCAUUGACCAGACGACCGUGUUCAAAGGGCAGUUUUCUGAUUCCCGGAAGGUGCUCCUCCAGAGUAAGUGUCAGACCUUCAACGAUGGUGCCUAUUCCGAUCCCAGCCUGAGUGCCGCCGUGGUGGCCGGUGUGGUGUGCGUGUCGUUUGCGCUGUUUCUGGCCAUCAUCUCCUUUGUUCUGUGGAAAAAGUAUUUUCAGGCCGCUUACUAUUACUUGGACGACCCUCCAGGAAACAGAGCUUCGCCGCAACUUUCUGAAACCUUUGACGACUCGGAGUAUGCUUCUGUGCACGUGAGCCAAUGGGCGAAACACGUGGCUGACCUUCAUGCCGAUGGAGAUAUCGGGUUCUCGAGAGAGUACGAGUCUCUCCAGCAGGCUACGGAUUUGGAUCUGUCUUCGGACUAUUCCCAGAUGGCAGAGAACAAGGGGAAGAACCGAUAUGUCAACAUCGUGGCAUAUGACCACACACGUGUUAUAUUGAAGCCUACCCCUGGCCAGAAGAAAUCAGCUGACUACAUCAACGCUAACUACAUUGAUGGUUACAACAAGCCUAGGGCCUACAUAGGCACCCAGGGCCCCCUGCCCUCGACUUUUGACGACUAUUGGCGCAUGAUCUGGGAGCAGAGGGUCUGCAUCAUCAUCAUGAUCACCAACCUGGUAGAAAGAGGACGGCGCGCUCGUAGCGUUUCGGCAGAGUUGGAUGAUCUUCGUAAGUGUGAUAUGUACUGGCCAAAGGAAGGUACUGAGACCUAUGGCAUAAUCCAAGUGAAGCUGGUCCAGGAGGUUGUCAUGGCAACAUACACCGUCCGAACCUUUGCGAUCAAGAACAUCAAAGUGAAGAAGAAGCAGGCGUCUGAGCGGACGGUGUACCAGUAUCACUACACCAACUGGCCAGACCAUGGGGUACCAGACCAUCCUCUGCCAGUCCUCAGCUUUGUGGCCAAGUCUUCUGCUGCCAACCCUCCCACUGCAGGACCCAUGAUCGUGCACUGCAGUGCUGGUGUAGGAAGGACGGGCACCUACAUCGUUCUGGAUGCCAUGCUCAAGCAGAUGCGGCAUCGGCAGAGCGUCAACGUCUAUGGCUUCCUGCGGCACAUCCGCCAGCAGCGAAACUACCUCGUCCAGACCGAGGAGCAGUACGUGUUCAUCCACGACGCUCUGCUUGAGGCCAUCGAGAGUGGAGACACGGAGGUUGGGGUCUCACAGCUGUCUCGCUACGUGCAGAGCUUGCAGACAGCUCAGGUUGGAAACACAGGGAGCGGGGACAAUAUUGACAAGUCCUGGUCACUCCUAGAAAAGCAGUUCAAGCUGGUGACGGUAUUCAAGGCGAAAGAUUUCAAUGUGGUGUCAGCUGUGAAGCCCUGUAACAAGGCCAAGAACCGGUCACUCAACUUGAUCCCCAUCGAGUCACACCGGGUGCACAUCACCCCAAAGCCGGGCACGGAUGGCUCGGACUACAUCAAUGCCACUUUCCUACAAGGUUACAAUAGGUUGCGGGAGUACAUAGUAACGCAGCACCCCCUAAUGACGACAAUGGCCGACUUCUGGCAGAUGGUCUGGGACCACAACUCGCAGACGGUCGUGGUCCUCUCGGUCGUCGACGAAAAGGAGUACCCGCAGUUCUGGCCCGACACAGACGAGGAGCAGGACUAUGGGAGCUUCAAGGUGAAGCCCACGAGCGACGAGACGGCCACGACGGCGUCGACGGACACUGUUCCAGCCGACGAGAAGCCGAGCGGGGGCCCAGGCUUGGUGAGCCGGGACUUCAUCUUGCAGUCGACGCAAGACGACUACGAGCUGUCCUGCCGCGUGAUCCAGUGCCCGGGCUGGCCCCAGGCUUGCACCCCCAUGGCCACCCUGUUUGACCUCAUCCGCACGGUGGCCGCGCGACACGCCGAGGACCUCAAUGGCCCCGUCGUCAUCGUAGACAAGUGUGGAGGUACAGAGGCGGCCACCUUUUGCUGCCUCUCGUCGCUCUACAAGCAGCUUGAGAGCGAAAAAGGCGUGGACGUGUACCUGUACGCGAAGCUGUAUCACAUGAGGAGGCCUGGAAUAUGGAAAUCUCAGGACGACUUCCUAUUCCUGUACCGAGCAGUUGAAAGCCUGCUGGCUGUGAGUAAUGGCCCGGCGGCAGCGCCGAUUCUCGCCAAUGCCACGAACGGCCAGCUCACCAGCAACGGGCACGCGGUCAAGAUUGAGGAAGUCGCCGGAAAGAUCGAAAGCCCCGACUGAAGGAAGGCCGAGCACAGUCACUUCUUUCCCUGUCCAGCCGUUCGCCGCGAUGGCGUGCGCACAACACCUUUGCUUCUUCUGGUCAUCCCGAGCUUGGCACCAAACGAGAUUUUUGUUCCCCACGCCUCGUUUUUGCGCCGGUUGCGUCGCUUCGUUUCUGUUCUCGAGGUAAAAGAAAGGACAACCGAGGAACUUUGGAAGGCAGAAAGAUCAGCUGUGACCAAAUGCAGAGAGUGGUCGUUGCAUUCUGCCUCGUGACAUGCACAUUCUUGUAAUGUUCGAAAUGCGCAUGCACAUGUUUUUCUUUUAGAAUGUUCAUCCCUUGUCCGCAAGUGCGAGCAGUCUGAAAGCUCCUGUUUGCUCGGCGAAAUGUUGCAUGUAUUGGGAGAUGAGUGAACGAAAAAGAAAGUGUGUUGCUGGAAGAAUGCCAUGCUCAUCUGGCAGUCUUAACAAUGGAGGUAUGGUGCUAAGUGCAGAGCAUGUCUGCAUCCUUAGUUUGAAAACAGACGAUUUUGUCUGAUUCAAGGCAGCUGAUGAAAUUCACGUAGGUCGGAAACAGAAUUUUUUUUUUUUUUUCUGAGCUGUUAGUCCUUUAAUCCCCACAUACUAGUUCAGAUAGUGCACAUAGUGCUUCCCAAAAGGCAAAGCAAGCUAUUUAUGAAGGUUUAACGGGCUUAACAUUAAAACUAAGUGCGCAGUUUUCUUACAAAAAACGCCAAGAAAAAAAGAAACAUGUUUUCGACCUUACAGUUUCACUUCCAUCGAAGUCACAUGGAAGCUAUAAAAGCGAGGUCUGAAAACGAAAAGUUGUAGCAGAUAAUGCAACAGUGUGGUGGUUAAUUGCUACUUUUACUGUGACUUCCAAUUUCAGAUUUAAUUUGGGAAGUUACCUUGGCCAAGCCUAACACUCGUUUGGGGUGCCUUGCUAUGUAUAAUGCCUCUGAUUGAGCAAUACCACAAAAACCCAAAGCAGCCGGGAUUGGGAACCAGAGCAGCAUCGUUUGGUGGGCUCAUUUUUUUUUUACAACGACGCGGUGUCUUUUGAACCUCCAGAAAGGAUGGUCUGUGCUGUAAAUGGUGUAAGAUAGUUGACAUUAAGUUGUACAUUAUUGCGCGUCAUGUUUCACUUCACAUCGCCGACCGAUUGUGUAGAUUUUUUUUUUCGUUUUACCUUUUUUUUGUUUGUGUUUGUUGAGUCAGCUGUCUGCUAAAAGCAAUGUUCUUAUUGUUUUCAUGCUUAGUAGUGGCCAACUGCUUUUGGACGUAGUGUGUUUGUUUUUUCUCAUCGUGGUCAAUGAACCCACGAGUGAGAAAAGCAAUGCAUUUGGGGAAUGGGUGCUGAACGCACAAGACUGUCACUGCCAGAUGUACAUCGCAAUGCCUGUAGUCUAGAGGGAACGCAUCCCUCCCAGCUGUCGUGAUAGUCCGAAGUCAACAAGCACAAAAGGGCUUGGCUCUCUACAGGUUCAGUAGGUGAACCAUGUCUUCAGCACUGCCGUUUUAUUGUUUUUGUUGUUUUUUUCUGCUGGGUUUUGCGUUUAGGUUUCAGACCUUUACUCACUUUAUUUAUUUUCUGUGCCGCUCUAUUGAGAGAUUUUGUUUAUUGCAAGGAACGAAACCCACAUAUUCUUAGUGUUUGAUGAAAGACGGACAGUACCGAGUGACUGCCGAGGCCUUUUUGGGCAAGACAGGAGGUGUGUUUUAAGUUCCAUGCCUCUGAUGAUGACACAGCGUAGACAAACGAUGCGGUCGGACAUUACGACGACGACGACAACAACAGACACGGCGCGAUCAAAACGAGACGGCCCAUGAUGGAAGGCGCGGGGAUGGCAGAGACAAGACAGGAGUACUCAGCGUGCGAGCAUGCGCAAGCGGGCGCCCUCCGCACACCACGGAGACGUGCCAAGUUGCGCAACACACGCGCGCGUUCAGUUGCAAGCCUCGACAGAAAAUGAACAACGGCCUUGACGUCGAUACCAACCGCCCCCGCCCCAUUGCCCCCAACGACAAACAACGCCCCCCGACCAGCAGCAACAACUUCUAGUCUGAUAUCAUCUUUGUGCCGUCAGUGUUCUGUGUAUUUUUUUUUUUUUUUUCUUUCCUUCACUUCUGCUCACAUUCAGGCUUUUCAAGAUUUCACACACCAAGCAAACGCGCGUAGGUGUGCAUUUUUGUUGAUGUCCAUGGUCUUCGACUCUUCACGCUUGUCGUUGUGUUUCGUAUUAUGUCGCAGGUUUCCCCACUGUCGUCGUUUCACAUUACCCCAUCACUAACAGGCAUAGUUUUUCUUACCUACCACUGGUUUCAGCCCAGACGAAGCCGUGGAAAAGAAAAAAAAAACCACCAAAAUACUCGACAGCAUAGCUGUUUCAUCUUUCUAAAGGAUACGCACUUCUUUUGCGCCUAUUCCUUUCUGAGCAGGCAUUUACUUCCCUUGUCAGCCCUUUGUCAACGUGCUGCGUGUAAACAAAACAUUUUCCUCCUAGCCCUGUUCCUCAGCGUCUUCAGCAUGCUCAUUUUCUUUUUACAAGCCAGCCCUAAAAGAAAAUCGCUCUCUCAGCAGGCUAGCGUCGGAGAGUGCUGCCUGACAAGACGCCGCAACACCUUGGCAUUGCUGUCGAAGCCCGGGGUGGCGUCUAAACAUUGUUGCAGUGUUAUCGGCAGUGUUUACCCAGUGCCGACAGUGUUGCCAGAGUGUUUAGUGUUUCCCGGGUAAUGGUUGUGUGUUGUUUUUCUUUGUGACGCGCUGUUGCUUCCCAAAGACGGACACACGCCUAAAUAAGUAACCAGUAUGCCCAAGGUGUUGUUGUUCAAUAUAUACACGCAUAUAAACUUUGUUGGUAGCACAUAAAUAUAAUUCCCUCCUCGGAAAGAGAAGACCCAGAGCGAGAGCUUCGAGUUUGUUGACGUAGUGUUCAGAUAUAUAUACAUAACAUAUAAUCUUCUAAAAACCCAUCGCAUAACUUGGAGUUCCGUAGUUUUUUAAGAAGGUGUGGCUUCGAUGAUUUCACGAUGUCGUGGGAGAUCUGGCCUCCAUUUUAAUAUUUAAACGGCCCUGGUAGCCAUUUCUGACCUUGGGACAUAAUAUACUGCCUUGCUUGAAAGUUUGUUAGUUAAUGGACACCAAAGAAAGCUUUGUUAUACAUAACUAGUGACUGCGUAACCGACGCAUUUCUCGUAUGUAAGCUGGGUUAAUUUAAUUGUACACUCAUGGACAACGGGCUCCCAAAUCAGUAUUUCUUGCAAACAUUCUUGCAACAUUUCUCGCAAACACUCCUAAAACCAAGGAAAGAGUUCCAUCACAGGUUCAUUGGAAUUAUAGAGUACUGGACCAAAUGUCACUGCUAAAUGUGAUGCCGUCACCUGAUGAAAACUCUCCUCUCUUUAUUCAGUUUCCACCAAUGCUUCAACUUAGUGAAUCCGGUGAUUUUAUUUUGAUGCAUUGAAAUUUCUUGCGUGCAAUUUGUGCUGCCUUAAAUUUUACUCUACAGUCCUCGUUUACUGAGGGGUAUUCCUUCACCGUUCAUUCUCACGUCUGUUCUUUUUGGCCUGUUUUGUUUUUUGUAUGUUCCUUGUCACAUCGAAGAACUUGUUUACAUGUUAUUUAUCUUCUGUAAUAUGUGCAAAAACAUCGAACAUUGAAAAACAAAAGAAAAGGUGUUUGGUAUUGUUGUUCUGUGUUGAGUUCUUGCGAGUCUUAGAAGCCACUGUUAUCCACAAAGAUAAUUUGUCUCCGAGUUUAGUGUAAAUUCUUUCGUGAGGUCUGAUUGUAUGAACCGGCUAUCUCACAUGUAAAUAUAUAUAUUGAAUGUUAAUUAUUAUAAUUAGUGUGUUAUACACCUAGCUGCAUUGUGUGCGUAAUGAAAUACCAUAGGUUUCUGCCGAAUGCGUCAAGUUGUGCUUGUCAUCACAAGUUUGUUUCACUCCUCGGUGAAACAAUUUGUUUUUCUUUGUGAUCCAGUUGUGUCCUGCUUUUUCUCAGUGCUGAGGUCACUCUAUCGAUUUCACUUCUGACUUUUUUUUUCUCAAUUCAUUUUCUUUCUCCUGUUGUAGAUUCGAUUAAUUAGAAAUCUUCAGCUUCCUCAUCGACCAGUCUUCUCUCCUGUCUGCUUUACGCUAUUACAUAAAUCUAUAUUUAAAAAAAUCAAUAUAUGUGAUAUGUAUUGACUGCUCAAAAUAAAACAAAGACCAAAUAUGGAUAAA